AUGGAGGAGGAGGAGAGCAACAUGGGGAAGGUGCGAGUGAGUCGAAGGAGGCUGAUGAGUGAUGAGGAUGACAAAGACUCCAGCAACCUGGUCAACAAAGAUUUCCUCUCCAAAUCGGAUCCAUCCUGUGGUGAUACAACAAAGGUAUACACGAAGAACAAGAAAGGGAUCUGGAAGGAGAUUGGGAGGACGGAGAGGAUAAAGAACAACCUCAACCCCAGGUUCAAGAAGAAGAUAGAAGUCGACUACGUCCCCUCGCUGAGUCAGCAGAUCUUGUUCGAAAUUUACGACAUCGACAAGGACAACGUGCAGGAGCUGUCAAAGCACGACUUCCUUGGGCGCUAUGAGACGGAGAUUCAAUGGAUAGUGGAGAAGAGAGUGACGCAGUGCAAGUUGAUGGGGGAGGUAGAGGAUCUGGGCUCCAAGGACCUGGGGACCAUCACCGUGACAGCAGAGGAUGCCGAGCAGAAGUUCGUCCUGCCCCCAUCCCAGCAGUGGAUCAAGCAUGACAGCGUCGCUGACUGGAUCCCCCUGCAUGAGAUCGCAUUUGUCAAGGAGGUGGACGACGACAGCGGAGCGGAGGACGAGGUUUCUUUCGUGAUUCAAACUCUGCCCGAGGGGAGAAACAGCGGGCGGUCCUACGUGUUCAGCGCCUCGACGGAGGAGGAGGUGACGUCGUGGUGCCUGACGCUGCAGCACGCGGUGCGAGAGGAGCAGCUGAAGAGGAAGAGGGCGCACGAGCUGAGCGAGUACGGGGGGAACAAGUUCAUCUGGUUCAGGUUCAAGACGCUGCAGCUCUACGAGUCGAUGAUGGUACAAGCCAUCAUCGCUUUCUCCAUCAUCGCCAGUUUCUCCAUCGACUGCGUGCAGGCUGAACUCCAGCCAGACGAGUCGGACAACAGAUUUCAGAUCCUCUCCACCCUCAACUUCGUCAUCACGCUUUUCUUCGCCUUUGAGCUGGCCGUCAAUCUGUUCUCGCGCUCUUCCGACUUCUUCAGGCCCUUCUACUCCAACAUGUGGAACGUCUUCGAGGUCUUCAUCGUCUGCCUCUCCAUCCUUUCCUACGUCAUCUACUCCAAGACCCUCCGCUACGUCUCCCUCUUCCGCACCCUCCGCAUGUUCCGCGUCAUCCGCAUCUUCAAGGGGCUUCACGACCUCAACCGCAUCAUGGGGGCCCUCGGGGCUGCUCUCAUCCCACUGGCCAACGCCUUCAUGAUCCAGCUGCUCAUCACCUGCGUCUACGCCGUCCUCGCCACCCACCUCUUCGGCGACAUACAGCCGCAGUUCUUCGGCACCUUCAGCGCCUCCCUCUUCACCAUGUUCCAGGUGCUCCAAAGCUCCAAUGACAGGGUGACUUUGACAAGCUUGAAGAUCGUGACCGGCGACAGCUGGGCAUCGUCAGUGACUCGAACGCUCUUCAUCGACGGGAAGAUUGACAGAUUGGUCGCCUUCUUCUUCAUCUCCUACGUGCUCAUCGCUGGGGUCCUACUCGACGAGUUCAUCUCCACCGUGAGACUUGAGGAGAACAGGAAGAGGAUCCAAGAAGAGCAGGAGCGUCAAGCCAAGGCAGCGAGGAUCAACGGAGUCCUCGAUCCUCUCUUAUCUUCGAUGGCUUCCUUCAACGACAUGAAUGACUUCAACGCAAAAGUUUCAGAUGUCUACUCGCGACUGGACGCGGACAAGGGCGGGGGUCUGGAUUUCAGCGAGUUGAAGAACGGGCUGUGA